CUCGCUCGCCAUUGGCUCGUAUGACUGCUCGUUUCGGCUUGCCUUCUGUCACCGGAGAGACACGCGCAGCUAUGAUGGCGGCUUACUGUGUUGCUCGGGGAAGCCGCGGGUUUCUCGACGGCUUGCGGCUGUCGUUCAGGAGUCUGGCGCCGGUCAAACAUGCCGCACCGACACUCGCGACGAACCGAUGCUACUCGGUCAGCCACCUGUCCGUGAGGGAGCGCAUUGAGAAGAAACGUAAGGCGGCGCUGGUCGGCGGAGGUCAGAAGAGGAUCGACGCGCAACACAAACGGGGCAAGCUGACAGCUCGAGAGCGAGUUGAGCUCCUGCUGGACGCCGAGUCCUUCUGCGAGACGGACAUGUUCGUGGAGCACCGCUGCUCCGACUUCGGCAUGGAGCAGGAUCAAAACAAGUUCCCAGGUGACAGCGUGGUGACGGGAAGCGGCAGAAUCAACGGCCGCCUGGUGUACGUUUUCAGUCAGGAUUUCACUGUAUUUGGCGGCAGUCUGUCUGGAGCUCACGCGCAGAAGAUUUGCAAGAUAAUGGACCAGGCCAUGAUGGUGGGAGCGCCCGUCAUCGGCCUCAAUGACUCCGGAGGUGCUCGCAUCCAAGAGGGCGUGGAGUCUCUGGCCGGAUACGCAGACAUAUUCCUGAGGAAUGUAAUGGCGUCCGGGGUGGUCCCUCAGAUCUCCCUCAUCAUGGGACCCUGUGCGGGCGGCGCCGUCUACUCACCCGCCCUGACCGACUUCACCUUCAUGGUCAAGGACACGUCAUACCUGUUCAUCACGGGUCCCGACGUGGUCAAGUCCGUCACGAAUGAAGACGUCACUCAGGAGGAACUGGGCGGAGCCAAGACGCACACGAGCGUAUCCGGCGUGGCACACCGGGCAUUCGAGAAUGACGUGGAAGCUCUGUUGCACCUGCGCCACUUCUUCAACUUCCUGCCGCUCAGCAAUCAGGACGCUGCGCCUGUCAGGGAGUGUCACGACUCCAGCGAGCGCCUGGUUCCAAUGCUGGACACCAUCGUCCCGUUUGAGUCGACGAAGGCCUACGACAUGUUGGACAUCAUCCACGCUAUCGCGGAUGAAAGAGAAUUCUUCGAGAUCAUGCCCGACUACGCCAAAAACAUCGUGGUGGGAUUCGCUCGCAUGAAUGGGCGCACGGUGGGCAUGGUAGGUAACCAGCCCAAAGUGGCUUCUGGCUGCCUGGACAUCAACUCAUCGGUGAAAGGUGCUCGCUUCGUGCGCUUCUGCGACGCCUUCAACAUUCCCAUCGUCACCUUCGUGGACGUGCCAGGCUUCCUGCCGGGCACGUCUCAGGAGUACGGCGGCAUCAUCCGCCACGGAGCCAAGCUGCUGUUCGCCUUCGCCGAGGCCACCGUGCCGAAGAUCACCGUCAUCACCAGGAAGGCUUAUGGUGGCGCGUAUGACGUGAUGAGCUCCAAACACCUGAGAGGAGACGUCAACUACGCUUGGCCUACGGCUGAGGUGGCCGUCAUGGGCGCAAAGGGAGCCGUUCAGAUCAUCUUCAGAGGAAAGGAGAACCAGGCCGAGGCCGAAGCGGAAUAUGUAGACAAGUUUGCCAACCCUUUCCCUGCUGCAGUCAGAGGUUUCGUGGACGACAUCAUUGAGCCGUCCACCACGCGCAAGAGGAUUUGCCGAGACCUGGAGGUGCUGGCCAGCAAGAAGCAGGUCAACCCUUGGAAGAAGCACGCCAACAUUCCUCUGUAAAACAUCGCCUCGUUUGUUUGUUUGUUUUCCCCCUUCCUCUCCACUCCAC